AUGAGGGCUGUUCAAUCAUUUGCCCUGCUCGGAUGGGCAACUGCAUUCGCUGCAUGUGGAAGCGGCUUGUCCAAGAGAUAUGAACCGGCAGAUGUGAUUCAGUCCAUCGUCCAACGCGCUACAGCCGACUCGAUUGAGCUUGGAGCUGUUCCAGGCCUGGAUUUAUCUUCUACACUUGAAAGUAUAGCCUCUACGUACGCCGAUACCAAUACGACAAAGCUCUCGGCGCGGGCUAUUUCUAAUCUCACUGGGCUUAUCGACGUCCAUGCGCAUUGCGUACCAGAUUGGUAUCGUGCAAUUGUCCCUAGAACCGGCGGAAAUCCAACGCCAUCAUGGAACGUAACUGGACAUCUCGACUUCAUGGCCAGCCAAAGCAUUUCUCAAGCCGUCCUAGCCUUCUCCGCACCAGGCGCAAAUGCGUACCCAGGAAACCAGGCCGCUACGAUUGCACUUGCGCGACUGAUCAACGAACAAUCUGCAGCAUUUUCUCGGGCCUACCCAGAUAAAUUCACAUUCUACGCUGUCGUCCCGCUACCUUACACGCCAAACGCUAUCUCCGAAGCUACAUACGCACUCGACACGCUCGGAGCCGCUGGCAUCGCGCUCUAUUCGAACUUCGAAGGGCGCUAUAUCGGUGACUCUGCUUUCAAGCCCUUCUUCGAGGCAAUGAAUGCGCGUGGGAUCAACCAGAUUAUAUACGUGCACCCUACAACACCGUACCUACGCAUUAACGGCACAUUGAUUGAGGCCAACCCGACUGUCUAUCCUACGGGAAAUAUUGAAUUCUACUUCGAGACAGCGCGUAUGCUUGGAGAUCUUGCCGUUACACAGACCUUGCUGAACUUCACCAACAUCAACUACAUCAUUCCGCACGUUGGCGGCGCGUUUCCCUCGGUCGCCGAUCGGCUUUUGAAGUCGUUCCCGGCGAUUUACGAUCGCACCAUGGAUGUCCUUAAGACGCGCUUUUUCUGGGAUUCUGCGGGCCCAACGUACUUUCACCAGGUUGGGGGGCUGCUGGCUUACGAUAUUCCAAGGGCGAAUCUGUUUUUUGGGACGGAUUUCCCGUAUGCGCCGAUUUUCACGUAUGGUCCAUCACUGGUUGGUAUUCAGACGUCGCCGUUUGUUACGGAUGCUGAUAGGGUUGGGAUCUUUGCUCAGAAUGCGCGAAGAUUGUUUGGGGACCGGAUUCCAUCGUAG